CAUCCUCUUCCUUGUACUGCUCUGUGCGCCGCACCUCAUGCAGCAGUUCACAUUGAAGCAUUUCAUACUCAAGCAACGUGUCCUCAAUCUCUACCGUCAGGCCGUCAGAGCCACAAGAUCUAUACCCGACAAAACUACUAGACAGGAGACGAUUUCAUGGCUCCGCGAAGAGUUUGAGCGCAACAGAUACAUCCAGGAUGUGACAUUGAUUGAACACAAGAUAUCGUCUGGCCGUAGAGAAUUAAAACGGUUGUUUCCCGGAGGAAACUUCCUUCCCUUCUGAAUGCGCGCUCUUCCCAUGAAGCCCGGAUAAAGGCUGCUGGACUUCAUGUACGCAGUCGUCAAGUGCGUGGCAGGAAGACUUAUCAGCGAGCUGUUGCAUUCCCUGGCACGCAAUUGUAGAGCGCAACGGAAGGAGAGACCCGCUUACCUGUUCAUCUCAUGUAAGUUAAGGUUCACCGAAGCUGGACGUGCCUGUCAUGCGACUCUGCUGUAGCACAUCUCCGAGUCUGUGCUGCGGCAUCCUUGGAAUGCAUAUAUCGCCGUAAGCUACUGACAAUUGUUAUCGCGGGUCCUCCACUUCGCCUAUUCCUCUCAGAAAUCGUCCCAACCAUACUCUCAUCUGUUUCUCUGAGCUAUUGAAUGACAUCCGCUUGCUACAGAGUGCAAAAGGAAGCUGCCAUCGCCCGCAGACGGAACGCCUCCUUACAUUUUGGAUAGCCCGCCUUUGUACGUGCAGCUUGUCCCAGUGUCAUAUACUGGCGUUGAACAGGACCUGCACAGUCCCGUUCAGCUGGCUCAUCGCGUCAUGGAAAUUUACAUGAAGAAUAUUCCUGCUUCUACUAAGG